AAGAAUGCGUGCCGUAGGAGCUUUAACGAGAAGCGAGAAAUGUCCGUGAAGUGAGAACACAAAGCCAAAGUGGAAUAAAGUAUUUGCAGGAUCCGGAGGGCGUAUAAUAAAUACCUUCAUCCCUUGCACACUUGAAUAGGAAUUACGUAGUGGAAUAUAUCAAAUUGGAACAUGUGCGUCAGAGCGGUAAUCUUGUUGUUGGUGGCUUUACUUUGUGGAUUGGCAGCCGGUGGUUACAUCCCCCCAGGACCAAAGUACCGAUGUCCUGAGCAGAAAUUGCUACUGCAUCCUUGCACUUGCGAGACCGAAUCCGAUGUGGGAAUAAGCGUUCGCUGCGAGAAUACCAAUUUAGCCAGCAUGAGUAUUGGCCUGCAAAAUCUGGCCACCUUCAAAUUGCCCAUCGAAACGUUGACCUUGCACAAAUGUCAUAUUGCUCGUCUCUUUGGAAGUCUGCUGUACAAGUUAAAAUUGCGGAUACUUGUGAUCGAGGAUACGCCUUUGGAGAAGAUCGAGGAGUAUUCGUUCUUAGGUGUGAACAACACUUUGAACGAGCUCUACGUGUACAACAGCAUAUUGAAGGAGUUCCCCAAGGAAGCGUUUCAGAUUUUAGGUAAUUUGACGAUUAUGAAACUGGACGGACACAGGAUUACGACGCUGCAGAAAGAUGCGUUCUUCGAUACGGAACUGGCUGGUAAAUUGCUGAGGCUACAAAUAUCCAACGGGAAUUUAUCCGAUCUCCUUGUGGAGUCGUUGCAGCCUCUGAGGAAGCUUAAAUACCUGGAUCUGCACGGAAAUCAGUUGAAAACUUUGAAGAAGAACCAGUUCAAGGGGUUGAGAGACACCGAGGUGCUCGACCUGAGUCAUAACAAAAUAACGAAAAUUGAUGGAAGCCAUUUGGCCGAUCUGACUAAGCUCGGCUUCUUCAACGUGUCGCACAACGAAAUCACCGAACUCAGCAGGGGAGCUUUUGCGAGGAAUGCCGUACUGAAGCUGCUGAACAUGUCGCAUAACAAGAUCAGGAAACUGGAUUCGAACUCUUUCCGUGGCAUGCGUUUCUUGAGGAGACUUUUCCUGUCGGAUAACGCUAUCUCGGAUGUCGGGCGGGGAACGUUCGCUUCCAUCGGCAGGAUCGGAACCAUCGAUCUCGCCCGGAAUUCCAUCAAAAAGAUAGACUAUCAGAUGUUCCACCAGCUUAACUUCAUAGAGGUAUUGGAUGUAUCCGAAAAUAAUGUGACAGAGAUACAGAAGGGGGCUUUGAAAGAUUUGUUUUUGACGAAUAUCAAUUUUUCUCACAACGCGAUAGCUUCUAUAGAGAACGGGGCAUUCGUGAAUUGCGCCAACAUGACUAUACUGGAUUUGUCCUAUAACAAUCUGAAGAUGCUCCCUAAGAAGACUUUCGAUGAGACAACAUACGCAAGCGAGUUGAACAUGGCUUUCAAUUACUUAACCGAACUAAACCAGAUCCCGCUACACAAUAUGACCGGAUUGAAGAUCCUGAAUGUAACGUACAAUAUGCUAACGAAAAUACCGAGACACACCUUUCCAAAGUUGUACGAGCUUCACACUAUAGAUCUUUCCCAUAACAACAUCUCGGAAAUAUUCAAUGCCGUUUUCCAAACGCUUUUCUCUAUACGAAUUCUCGACUUAAGCUACAACAGUCUUGAGACCAUUAAACCAAGUACGUUCGGGCCGAUCCCGACGAUGUUAGAUUUAGAUUUGAGCUACAAUAGAAUACGUGAUAUGUCGAAGGGUGCCCUCGCACGUAUGGGUGGCAUGAGGCAAUUAAAGAUGAGCGGAAACGAGCUGCAUACGUUGUUCAUUCUGCCAAUAUCUGUCGCUCAUCUGGAUCUAUCUAGGAACAAAUUUGAGAAGAUACCGCCGAAGCUGUGGCCCUCGAUGAACUCGCUUCUAAGUUUGGAUUUAAGUUGGAAUCAAUUAAGCGAAGGCUUAGAGUCCGAGAGCUUCAAGGGACUGUUAACACUGCAGCGACUGAAUCUUGGUUAUAACGGGAUCAAGAAAGCGCCUUGGGCCGCCCUUGGUGAUCUAUCCUCCUUGCAGUACGUUUACAUGGAGGGCAACAACUUGACUAAAUUGGAUAAGGCCGCUUUCGGUCGUAUGCCUGUGCUGUUCGAACUGAACCUGGCCAACAAUCAGCUGAACAACAUCAGCGCGAGAGCUUUCGAGGGUCUGAUCCAGAUGAUCGUCCUCAAUUUAUCUAACAACAAUAUAUCGCACAUCCACGCAGAAGCAAUGAAGGGAUUGGUGGCGCUCCGAGAGCUGGAUUUAUCCUACAACAGAAUAGAGAGGAUUGACAACAAGACCCAUGGAUUAUUGAUGGAUUGCCUCUCAUUAGAGAAGUUGGACCUGAGCCACAACAAGAUCAGCUUCAUCAACAGGAAAACGUUCCCGAACGAGCCGUAUACGCCGUACAGGCUUAGGGAAAUUGAUCUAUCAUACAACUCGUUACCUGUUAUUACCUACGACAUCAGAUUCGGUACAUCGAAAGUGGAAAAACUCAAUGUUUCGCAUAACAACAUAGCGGAUUUAAGACGAGGAGCUCUCGGAAAUUUAACCAUGUUAAGAGAACUAGAUCUUUCCUUCAACAAUUUAGAGGAUAUAACUAGUGAAUUGGAAUCAUUUCGUUUACCGAAAAACAUGUCCAGACUACAUUUAUCUCAUAAUCAGUUAAGCUUGUUACCAUGGACGCAUAUCAAGAAUGUAACUAAACUCGAAUUGCUUGAUAUAUCGUACAAUAACUUUGAACGGUUUGAUAAUAAUUUAACUGAUUUGGUACUGCAUAACACAAACGUUGUUUUCGAAGGGAACCCUUUGAUUUGCGAUUGCUUUACACGUCCACUGCGAAGGUACAUUAAUAAACAACUGCACGUGAAACAGAUUUACAAAGAUAUCAGUUGUUUCGGCCCACCUUAUCUGGACGAAUUAUUUUUACACGAAGUUCCCGAUGACAGAUUAACCUGCCCGGGUAACGUAAACAUUUCGAGGAUCAUGGAGUCAGAACCAGGGGAGUACGACAUCACUCCAGAUUUUCGCUUCAGAUCAUUCCAGAUCAAAAAUAACCAGAUAAAGGUGAAGUGGCUGGUCGUCAAGAACGAGGACAUCGGAGAUCCUUAUAUAAUCAUCCAGAAUACCCGGCAGCCCGAUAAAUUGCUCUACGAGAACACUUUGCCGUAUUUCAAGAGGAGCGUCGAGAUCGACGUAGCAAAUUUGAGUGCAUCCGAGGAAGUUGCUCCUCUGGAUUUCAGCGAGUUCCAGCUGUGCGUCCUGGCCAGAGACAGUAGGGCCUUCGUGAGGAAUAACUACAAGGAGCAGUGCAAAGAUCUACCACCUGUUCUCGCGUUCGCUCAUCCUCUCCGCAACUCUGUGAUACUUACCAUUACUACUCUUAUACUCAAUCUAUAUUAUUUUAUCCUCUGAAGCAACCUUGUUUCAUUUACCAAAUAUAUAUAUGUUUAAGAUGUAAAUAUUUAUUUUCGUCAACAGAGACUUGUA